AUGGAUCGCCCAGGCAAUGCUACAGACUCCCUAGUCCCUUCAGCGCCGCCUCCACCUACCAGCAAAGACCAAACGAACACACACCCAACGCACGAUCCCACCUUAAACACAGUCAUUCCUAGGGAAUCAAUCGAUGCCAGUCUCAAGUUUAUCGCAAACUCUAGCAAUGAGACCUUGCUCGGAGUCUUCGCGCUUCUUAUACUUGCCACCUACAUUAUCUUGGGAAGAAUUGGUUUGCUCCUGAUUGGAGUGGUAAUUGGGGUUAUCCUUCAUGCCUCGUGGGAUGGAUUGGAGAUUGACCAUGCAACUGGAGCGUCGCACGCACAAAGAGCCAACAGGCGACGGGAACUUGCGCUGGAAGUAUCCAAUAGGCUUCUGGACUGGCAGAAGCGGACUGGUGCCUUGGACAUCCAGAGUGGAGGUGAUGGAACUAUGAGCACACCCGAAGAUAUGUCCUCGGCAGACUUGGAAUAUGCCACCUUUCAGCCGGCCACUGCUGUCGCGUUGAGUACGCUCACCGAUGCUGUCAUUGCAAACUAUGUCAAAUACUGGUAUGAGCCACUCAUACCGUCCGAAUCAAGUUUCCCAGGCUCCUGUCGACGAAUUUUGACGCAUUUCAUCACGUCUGUCUCCUGGCACUUGUCCCGGAAACGAACAGAGGAUACAUUUUUGCAGUUUCUCACCAACUCAUCAUCCAUCAUCAUUGUAUUUUUGAAUGAACUUGCUGCUGCAUCUACCGCCACAGGCUCCUCUCCCAUGGAAGCCCAACAAACCGUGGAUGGGUAUCUUGAGCAAUUUCCGGAUAGCAGCCUAGCCAAUGUUCUGUCUGAGACGCAACAGAAGAAGAAGCUCAAUAUGAUUUCCGAUGACAUACUCUCAACUUUUUUGGAUUCCAAGGCUUACAAUUGCCCGGUCGUACGAGACUUCCUCCGAGAGAUCUUCGCCGGGGUGAUAUUGGGGUCCACCAUUACCAGUCUUUCCCGUCCUGAAUUCAUCAACGACUGGAUUAUCUAUCUCCUGCAGGACGGUGAAUCUGAGAUUAUGCAUGCUAUUGACGCAGGCGUCGAAGGCGCACGCAACCGAGGCGUCAGCACCCCCAAGUCUUCGGAAGACCCAAACCCCACACAGAGAUUAUCUAUGCAAGCGGCAAGGGCGUCGGAGGAAGAAGCAGUCUUAGAGGUGAAGCGUCUGAGUGCUAUGAUUGCAUCCCAUGAAAUGCAAACGUUGGGGUCAGAAGGGCCAUGCGUAAAUGAACAAAUUGACGAAAUAUACUCUUUGAAUGCUGUUUUGCCCUCACAUACGACCCAUGAAAAUGAAGAUGGUCAUCUGCAAGAACAGGUGUCUAAUAGGCAAUCGAUUGCAAGCCUGGAGCCAUCCGAGGACUUUUCUGCGCCUCUGGUGGUUCUUCACGGGGCACAAGUAUUGGUAGACGAUGAUGGAGCGAGAGGUGAAAAGGGUCAGAUCAAAUCGCGGCCCAUGUGGGAUUAUCUACUACAGGUUGAGCCAGCAUCAACACGCUCGACUGGGUGGAUGGUGUUUCGCAAAUAUGCAGACUUUGAGUCUCUUCACGAGAUGCUGGGGACUGUUUCACGAUUGAAUCUUAUUUCAAGCUUCUCCGAACGCCACCCCACAUUACCUACUUGGAAGGGCAAAACACGACAAGCGCUCGCUCGGGAGCUUGAGUGGUAUUUGCAGGAUGCAAUGAGGCACGAGUCACUUGCCGACACAGAUCGAAUGCGCCGAUUUUUGGAAAAAGACCCUGGUUCUUCCACUGAAACGGCUAGUUCCAACAAGUCGGUAUUUUCUUUUCCUAGUCAAGCUGCAUUUGAGAACGUGGGCAAAGGUAUGCUGGGUGCAUUAACCAAUGCACCUAAGGGAGUGGCAGGAGGUGGUAAAGCUGUCUUUGAGGGAAUGACGGGAGUGUUCGGGGGUGCUACCAACAGCAAGAAGUUAGUCGUCACUGCCGAUCAAAAUCAACACAAGAUUGGUGAUUCUAGUCGCAACAGCUUGUCGCAGAGAAAGUCCAGCUUGGAUGGUCUUACCGACUCAAUUGACGAAAAUUUGGACUCUCCUACGCUACUUUCUUACGCCUCUCCAGAGUACCCGCGCGGUGAAACUACCAAAUCGUCUUCGACCAACGACGCCAGGCAGCCUAUUAGGAAUGAGCAAGAUGCGUGGGCCCUAGGAAGCUCGUCCCCUAAAACUGCGCUUGGUACCAGUGAUGAUAUUACAGGACUUGAGACCAAGAAGGGUACUGAGGAAAUUUCAUCACAUCACCGAUCACACACUAGGGAGAGUAUUGAUCAAUCCCACAAGCAUGAAACUCCAAUCACAGCCGAUGAAACGCAAAUAGCAGUAGAGCUCAUUUUCGCGGUCAUCAAUGAGUUAUACACCUUGUCGUCUGCGUGGAAUAUCCGUCGAACGCUUCUGAAUGCCGCCAAGUCGUACAUCCUACGUCCUGGAAGCCCGACCUUGGAAACGAUCCGUACUCUGUUGCAAGAUUCUAUGGUUCGAGGUCACACCUCAGACGAUGCCUUGGGGGCUUAUCUUGCCAAGCUCCGAGAGAAUACGUUUCCAACAGAGGAAGAACUCAAAGCCAGGCCACCUCCACUCAAUGAUGAGGAGAAAAUUCGUUUGCGGGACCACGCACGCAAACUCUUUGUCCAGCGAGGAAUUCCACAGGCCUUGACAAGUGUUAUGGGGGCGGCUGCUAGUCGAGAAGCGCUCGAGAAGGUCUUUGACAGUCUUCAAGUGGAGAGUGUCGCUCGAGGUUUUGUCUUCUCUGUUCUGGUGCAAGGGCUAAGGGUCUUGACUCUCUGA